GUUGUUCAAAGACUGCGACGAUUUUUCGACGACACGAAUUAUGACCUAGCCGCUGCAUCGAACUCCAACAAGCAUCUAUAAUCCACCGACACCGACGCCCUCGCUUUGCUAUAGAAGCCCGUCGAUCGCAACAGCAGCCAGGCUGCUCCAACAAUGGGCAACUCCAGCGGCAAGCCCGUCGUCUUCACCGAUGAAGUAAGCCUCGAUCACUUCCGACUGCUACGAGUCGUCGGCAAGGGCGCCUUUGGCAAGGUCCGCAUCGUAGAACGAAAGGACACCGGCUUGACCUUCGCUCUGAAGUACAUUCGCAAAGAUGAGGUGGUACGCAGUGAAAGCGUGCGGAACAUGAUUCGAGAACGAAGGAUGCUGGAACAUCUCAACCACCCCUUCCUGUGCAACUUGCGAUACAGCUUCCAGGACGUCGAGUACCUGUACAUUGUCGUCGAUCUUAUGACGGGUGGAGACUUGCGCUUCCACAUCUCGAGAAAGUCCUUUACCGAGGAGGCCAUUCGCUUCUGGAUCUCGCAACUGGGCUGCGCUCUUCGCUACAUCCACAAGCAGAACAUCGUCCACCGUGACGUCAAGCCCGACAACGUGUUGCUCGACUCGGAUGGCCAUGUCCAUCUGGCUGAUUUCAACGUCGCAACAGAUCUCACCCCUGGCAAGCCCCUAACCAGCCGAUCAGGCACAUUAGCCUACCUCGCACCAGAAGUAUAUCGUGGCAAGGGCUACGGAGCCGAGUGCGACUGGUGGUCGUUGGGUGUCCUCUUUUACGAAUGCAUCUACAGCAAGCGACCUUUCGAAGGACAUCACCACGACCAGCUCAUCCAGGCCAUCGUCAAGGGCGAGCCGAACUUCCCCGUAACGAACCCGCCUGUGUCGAUGGUGUGCAUGCACGCGAUAAGCUCACUGCUUGAGAAAGACAAGACUCAGAGAAUCGGAGCAAGCAGCUGGAACAGUUUCACCGACAACCCUUUCUUCCGCGAGCUUGACUUUGAAGCUUUGGAGCGCAAAGAGAUCGAACCCAUCUUCAAGCCGUCGAGCGAGAAGACAAACUUCGACGCCACAUACGAUCUGGAGGAGCUGCUACUUGAGGAAGCUCCUCUGGAAGCACGCACAAGGAAACAGAAGCCCCGUCCGGAGCUGCGAGCUGAUGCCACCGAGGCCGAGAUCCGCGCCGACGAGCUGCAUCGCAUGAUCGAAACCAUGUUCGAGCCCUUCAACUACUUGACCGUGCCCGAAACCAGAAACCCCGUUGCCCUCGACGGCGACUCGCCUCAAACAACAAAGUCCGACAAUAACGACCAGCAUACCCCACAAGACCUGCACAAGGUCCGCUCAAUACCCACCCCUCAUUCCUCGACCCCAAACAACGUCUCUCGCACUCGAUCUUCAACACAGUCCCCCAACGGCUCUCCUCCGCUACCUACCCAUCAUGUUCAGAACACCUCUGCUGCACAACAGGAAUACUUUGCUCAACAACAGCAGCAGCAGCAGCAGCAGAGAAUGCCGCGCUCUGUGCGCUACGACGAAACCCACCCUCCUCCUGCUCCUCCUGCUCCUCCCACUUCUCACCCGCAACAAGCAGUCAACAAGGCGCAUCGUCCUCGUGGCAGCACUCGAAGCACCUCUAUGAGUGGCGGCGUUCAGGUUGUGCUCAACGAAACUGGCAGCUGGAGUGAAAUGGCGAACCAGAGCCAGACAUUGGUUCAACCGCAGGAGGACCGCAAGCCCGCUGGUAUGCUCGGUUUCCUCAGUCGCAAGAAGGGCAGAGACCGAAGCCCCAAGGCCAAGGAACGCGAACGUGGUGUUUUGGGUAAAGAAGGUGCCAGAGUUGUUGUUGGAAGCUGAGCUCAACUGCUGCAAUUUCUCGGUUUCCGAUGCCUUCUUCGCUUCUCUCAGGACCCCUCUCCUCGCCGCGACUAUCCAGGAACCAGUCUGCGCUUUUUUAUUCCCAUUUAAUCGUUGUGGUCCUUUGUUACCCACUGGCUGUUUGCUUGUUUUUCUGAUUUUCUUCCCGGAGCAGGUGGCGUGAAGCAAGCACAAAUGAGGCGACAGGCGAAUGGCAGGCGUUCCUUUUUUUCAUUUCCUUUUCUACAUCCUCAUUUGGAUUCUGUCCCCUUUUUCGCGAAGCCUAGAUUGUUUGGAUAGCCGGAGGAAGAAGAGUGAAGUGGCAAUAUGGAGGAGCGGGCAAACAAACACGAUUGCAUACAACAAGACGAUCAACGGUCUCGCUCGUCUUGUUGAAGAUUCUCCUUUAUACCCCUCUCCCCCAUCGCAUCGAAAAGACACAACAUAAGGAAUGAGCAUGAGAGGAUGGAAGGGAGG